GGGUGCCAAGCAUUCUUGUAAAUGGAGGAGGGGAUGGGGAAAAUAGGAUUCUGGAGCUCAGAACCUCUGUAUCUCUUGAGGGACCACAAGGGUACAUGAGAGCCUCUUACACUUUCUUGGGGGCAAGCUGUGCCCCGUGAGGAUUUGGGUCUGGGGUAGAGGCUCCGGAGCCCGCGACCCCGCCAAGGACGUCUGAGGAAACGCCUAACACAGAGACGCCCGCUCCCGAAGCCUUUGCUCUCUCCCGGCCGUUGAAGGUCCCCAAGAGAGGGCGCCCUCCGGGGCUGGAUUGGACCCUGCUUCAUGGAGGCGGGACUCAGGGCUAGCGGGUGGAGGGCUAUUUAAGACUAGGCGGGGUUGGAGGUGGCCAGGGGCAAAAUGAGUGGGCUACCGGGCGCCGGGACCAGCCCAGGCCUGGGAGAGGCCUCCGACCUUAAGUUCCCUCUGGGCGCCAAGUUCAGGGAACCUCUCACCGAGGCUCGGUUCCAGCGGCUCUUCGGAGACGCAGAGCAGGCGCCGGAGCUACUCGCGGAGCCUCGCUCGUCCCGACUGUGCAGACAGUGGAGGCGGUUGGCCAGCGCUUGCUCCGGGCCGGGGGCGUGGCGCCUGCUGCGGGCGCGGCUGCCCCCGCUGCGUUGGCUGCCCCGCUACCGCUGGCGGGCCUGGCUGCUCGGGGAUGCCGUGGCCGGGGUGACCGUGGGCAUCGUGCACGUGCCCCAGGGCAUGGCUUUUGCCCUCCUGACCUCAGUGCCUCCAGUGUUUGGACUCUACACUUCUUUCUUCCCCGUCCUCAUUUACACCUUGUUGGGGACUGGUAGACACCUGUCCACAGGAACUUUCGCGGUACUCAGCCUCAUGACAGGCUCGGCGGUGGAACGGCUGGUGCCCGAACCCCUCGGGGGUAACCUGAGCGGAAUCGAAAGGGAACAGUUGGACGUUCAGCGGGUUGGGUCGGCUGCAGCCUUGGCCUUCGGUAGCGGGGCGCUAAUGCUGGGCAUGUUCGCGCUGCAGCUCGGCGUCCUGUCCACCUUUUUGUCGGAGCCGGUGGUCAAAGCGCUGACCAGCGGGGCCGCGCUUCACGUGCUCGUGUCCCAGCUGCCGAGCCUUUUGGGGUUGCCCCUCCCGCGCCAGAUUGGCUGCUUCUCUCUCUUCAAGACGCUGGCCGCUGUGCUGACCGCGCUGCCCCGGAGCAGUCCGGCCGAACUGACCAUCUCGGCACUCAGCCUGGCGCUGCUCGUGCCGGUCAAAGAAUUGAACGUGAGAUUCCGAGACAAGCUACCCACCCCGAUCCCGGGGGAAAUCGUCAUGGUGCUUCUGGCCUCUGUGCUGUGCUUCACCUCUUCCCUGGACACAAGAUACAACGUCCAGAUUGUGGGGCUGCUGCCUGGGGGAUUUCCCCAACCCCAUCUUCCCGACCUGGCUGAGCUGCCCAGGAUUCUGGCUGACUCACUGCCCAUUGCACUGGUUACUUUUGCUGUGUCCGCCUCCCUGGCCUCCAUCUAUGCAGACAAGUAUAGCUACACUAUUGACUCCAACCAGGAGCUCUUGGCACAUGGUAUCUCCAACCUCAUCUCCUCCUUCUUCUCCUGCUUUCCCAACUCUGCCACUUUGGCCACCACCAGCCUACUAGUGGAUGCUGGUGGGAACACACAGCUGGCAGGUCUCUUCUCCUGCAUAGUUGUCCUGUCAGUGCUGCUGUGGCUGGGGCCCUUCUUCUACUAUCUGCCCAAGGCUGUCCUGGCUUGCAUCAACAUCUCCAGCAUGCGCCAGAUGUUCUUCCAGAUGCAGGAACUUCCACAACUAUGGCGCAUCAGCCGCAUGGACUUUGCGGUAUGGAUGGUCACGUGGGUGGCCGUAGUGAUCCUGAGUGUGGACUUGGGCCUGGCCGUGGGCGUGGUCUUCUCCAUGAUGACUGUGGUCUGCCGCACCCAGAGGGUGCAGUGCCUGGCACUUGGACUUGCUGAGGGGACGGAGCUCUACAGGCCACUCGAAGAGAGCCACAAGCUCCUCAAGGUCCCGGGGCUCUGCAUCCUGAGAUACCCAACGCCGCUCUACUUUGGGACCCGCGGGCAGUUCCGCCGCAUCCUGGAGUGGCACCUGGGGCUUGGAGAAGGACGCAAGGAGACUCCCAAGCUAGAUGGCCCACCUGAUGCAGUUGCUGAGCCUGUCAGAGUGGUGGUCCUAGACUGCAGUGGUAUCACCUUUGCAGAUGCUGCUGGAGCCAGAGAGGUGGUACAGCUAGCCAGACGAUGCCGAGAUGCUGGGAUCCACCUUCUCCUGGCUCAGUGUAAUGCCUCAGUGCUGGGGACACUGACCCAGGCAGGACUCUUGGACAGAGUGACCCCAGAGCAGCUGUUUGUGAGUGUCCAGGACGCAGCUGCUCAUGCCCUGGAGAGACUGGUGAGGGGGCAGUAGGAACGGGAGAUCCAGGGGGCGCUGGGGUGGAGCAAGUGACAUGAGCCUACAGGUCCAAAGACAUGCACAGUGUGGGUCUGACCCGGUCAUUUGGAGUGUGGAGGGCCCCGACAAUAUGCGUGCAAGGAGUCUCCUCACUUCAUGUAACUAAUAAAACAAAGCUGAGAUCCA